GGAAAAGCAGAAAGUUGGGUGGGAGAGGGGGAUGGAGUUUGAAGAAGGGAUGACUUUCUCGAGCCGAGAUGCUGUUCGGGCUUGUGCUGUUACCUAUUCGGUGGACAAUGGAAGAGAGUUUCAGAGUUGUCGGACGAUUGGUUCUCGUUUGCAAGCACAAAGAGAUAUGCCCAUGGUGGCUGCGUGCCACACUUCUUAAGAAAACUAACACAUGGACGUUGACAAAAUAUAUCGGGCCACACAUAUGCGAUAUGCAAGUGUCAGUUCGUCACCACCGAAAUUUUGGGAUUGCUCAGAUCGCCAAUUAUAUUAAGACGCAAGUGCUAGGUCAGCGUGACAUACGGAUCAAGACGUUGAUUGCGGGACUACUUGAAUUUACCGGAGUAGCUCUUCCGUAUAAAAGGGUGUGGUACGGCAAAGAGAGGGCAAUCUGCAGCGUUUAUGCGGACUGGGAAUACAAUUACAGUCAACUGACAAAGUUCAUGGAUAAUGUGGUGAAAGUGAAUCCUGGAUCGUUCUGGCAUGGCGAAGGCCCAAUAUCCGAGUGUGGCGGGCUUCAAUGUCGAAUUUUCGAACGAAUGUUCUGGACGUUCUUCCCGAUGGUGGACGGAUUUCCGUUUUGCAAGCCAAUUCUAUUCAUCGACGACACCCACUUAUACGGAAAAUAUAAGAUGCACAUGUUGAUAGCUUCGGCGAUAGAUGGCAACAACCAUAUAAUGCCGGUGGCUUUUGCGCUCGUGGAAUCCGAAUCCAUUGCCAGUUUUGAAUAUUUCCUGGGUCAUCUCUGAGAUCAAGUCUUACGCAAUCGCAAGGUUGCCAUCGUUUCUGAUCGUGCUCCCGGAUUAAUUUUCGUUUUGAAACGUCCGGAGUGGGACGACGUCGAUCACUUUUUCUGCAUAAGGCAUUUAAUGGCCAAUUUCCACUCUUUAAUCGGAAAUAGGGAGUUGAAGGACUUGGCUGAGAAAGCGGAUAAUAUUUUGUGAAACUAAUCAAAGCCUGAUUUUUUUUAAAGAAUGUACAAUAUCUCCCACUAACAAUUACAAUCAUACGUACGUAUAGGUCGGGCCUUUCAAGAGAAGAAGUACGACGCAUGCAUUGAGAGCAUGAGGAUGAGAUCAGCAGCAGGGCAUGCAUACUUGACCAACACAGAACAUUUGAGACCCGAGCAGUGGACUAUAUGUGUCAUGACAAAAAAGGGCAACGAAACGGGGUUAUGACAACGAACUACGCCGAGUCCGUUAAUGCGAUGCUGAAGAAUAUAAGGGGCCUUCCUAUCACAACAAUGAUAGAGGCUAUCUUUGACAAGCUCAGUGAUACGUUUGUCCGGCGUUGGGACAUGUUUAAAGACCUAAUCGCCAAAGGCGUCAUGUUUACUCCGAUCUGCAUCGCGCACAUCAAAAAGGCAACGCUACCAUACUUGCAAGAAAUAUAACUCGGACAGCAUGACUUGCAGGGUGACCACCAAGAAGGACAAUCAGCGGAAUAAGGGAGGAAAUAUUCAGAAGGUCAACCUUAAAAAAAGGAGGUGCUCGUGCGGAAAGUUUCAACACCGUAAAUUGCCCUGCUCCCAUGCCAUGGCAGUCAUUCACGAUCAAAAGUUGAACCCUUCAUCGGGUGGCGCUAUAGAACCGAGAAUGCCAUUCAAGUCUGGAAUACUCCGUUUAAACAGUUACCUGGCGGCAAGAUGUGGAUUGCUUCUCGGUAGAUACCUUUCAUCCCAGAUGUUAACAGGAUAAGAGCGAAGGGGCGACCGGUAAACAGACGGAUCAGGAAUGACAUGGACCAGACCUAUAGGGAGGACAGUAGCCCUAACUUUUGUAGUAGAUGUAGUAUUGCCGGUCACACUGCUCAAACUUGUACCAAUUACAGAGAUAUGUGAUACGUAAUUUUCAA